AUGGGCGGGAAGCAGUCCCGCAGUUUGUCCAACAAGGAGUUGAACGAGGUGAGUGUGAGUCAGCGGAGGAGGAGCGCGAUCAGAGACGAGCAGCCCAACCUGUCCUCUGCUGCCGAGAGGAUCCGCAAACAUGCCACGGUGCACUUUGGUUACAGCACCCUCAGUCUGGCCAUGCGGGGGCUGGAUGAGACCCCCUCCGAGCUGUGGGAGCUCCGGGAGCUCCAGAAGCUGAACCUGUCCAUGAACUGCCUGUGCUCCUUACCCCCCGCCCUCGGCACCCUGGACAACCUGGUCAUCCUCAACCUGUGGGGCAACAACCUGUCCAGCCUGCCGCCGGAGAUCGGCCUCCUGAAGAAGCUGCGCGUGCUUUUCGCCUGCCGCAACCGGCUGAGCGAGGUCCCGGAGGAGCUGGGCUCCUGCACCGGCCUGGAGGUGCUCAGCCUGGCCAACAACCAGAUCACCAGUUUGCCCGGCAGCCUGGCCGCCAUGCACAACCUGACCAAACUCAACCUCAGCCACAACCACAUCGUUCACAUCCCCACCUGCGUGUACAACAUGAAGGGCCUGGUCUUCCUCCACCUGGCCUGCAACCGCCUGGAGACCAUCGCGGACCAGAUCCAGGACCUGGUGAACCUGAAGAUCCUGAUCGUGGAGGGAAACAGCAUCCACACUCUGCCCAAGACUCUGUGCUUCCUGGAGUCUCUGGAGCUGCUGAACGUGGACUUCAACGAGCUGCAGAGCGUUCCGGUGGAGAUGUACCUCCUGAGCGGACUGAGGCGGCUGGCCUGCCACCCGCUGGACAAAGGACUGCACAUCGUUCACAACCCGCUCCUCAAGCCCAUCCAGGAGGUCCUGCAAGGUGGACUCAGCGCUCUGUACAACUACCUCAAGCCCACGUGA